UGCACCUGCUCAGUGGGGCCGCCCCGGGCGCCUGGGUAUUGAUUAUUCCAUUGUGUGGGACGCCUCGGCUCCAGCCAGUGAAUGAGGCGGAGGAGUGAGGGCAAGGAGGAGGAGGGCGAAGAGGAGGAGGAGGAGACAGGGAGCGAGUGCCCAGGGUGAAUCAAUGGAAACCCCCUCACGAAGCCGGGAAAACACUUCAGCCGCAGCCAAAUAGCAUUGAUUAUUUUCUUCCACUUCCCUCACCGCCGUGAAUUUAUUUAUUUUUCCAUCUUCGUCCCCGACGCCCCGGAGCGAGCGCUGAAGGGAGGGAGGAGGAGGGGCAAAAAAGGAAUCAACACAUCGGAGAAGUCCCUUCCAAGAGCCGCCCCCUCCCCUCCCGGCCUCGCGCUGCUCGGCGGCCGCGGUUCGACUCCCGUCCCUGCUUCCAGCUGAGGUGGUACUGGCUGUCACGCUGAAAUGAACCCUCAGCACUCCUCCGUCUACCAUGGCCACUCUUAACUUACCCUCUACUACCACUCCUUCCCCCGGGCACGAUGCCCCGUCCCUGCCUCCAGAUACCUCCUUCUCCAGCACCUCUGAUCCCGUCACCAAAGAUCCCCCGGAUACUCCCUCCACCUCUGAGAACGUAAGGCCCUCAGAGCCAGGGGGAGAGCCUCUGGAGUCAAGCUGUGGCCUCCUCCCACCAGAGGAGAUUGGAGAGCCCCAAGAAGAGCCUGGCUGUGGACGCAUCCCACCAAAGGACCUGGGGGUGGAAAAGGACGACAAGGAGGAGAAAGGAAUCCCUCCCCUGGACCUAAGCAACCACUUAUUCUUUACAGCGGGAGGUAAGGCCUACCUACUGGCCAAGCUGUCUCUGCCAGGUGGCAGUGACCUCCUGUUACCAAAGGGCUUUCCCUGGGAUGAGGCAAACAUCAAGGAAGAGCCCAGCCUGCCCCUCCUUGCCCAUUUACACUCCCCACACCUCACCACUCUUCACAUCCAACAUGGCUUUGACCCAAUCCAAGGCUUUAGCUCUUCUGACCAAAUUCUGUCCCGUGAUACCUCAGCGCCGUCAUCUCUGGCUGCCUGUGAGGGAAGGGAUGGAGCCUUCUGGAGCUACCAGCUGGUUCCAAACCCAACCGAAGAUCCCAAAGAUGGCUCCAUGGGGAGCAAAAGAGGAGACCACAGGGCAUGGUUCUGGAUCUGCCUUCUCUGCCGCCUGGGUUUCAGCAGGCCCCAGGUCUUUAUAGAUCAUACACAUUCUCAUGGGGUAAAGCUGACCCCUGCCCAACACCAGGGUCUGCUGGGCAGCCCAGCUGUACUCCAGGAGGGUGAUGAGGGCUGCAUGGCCCUUAUAAGCUUUCUGGAACCAAAAUUCCUUGCUUGCCCCUCUCCUCAAACACCAGGCAGCAGCAGCAGCAUAGCUAACAUGGAGACAAAUGUAGCCCAGACUGAGGAUGGCCCCCUGGAGGCAGACGUUCAGGCCCUUGUUCUCCCUGCUGAAGAAGCUGUGGCCCUCAGUCCACCAUCCCCACCCCCGACCCUAGCCACCUGGGACCCCAACCCAACCCAAGCCAAAGAAUCGCCAGUAGCAGCAGGCGAGGCAGGACCAGAUUGGUUCCCUGAGGGGCAAGAAGAGGAUGGAGGGCUCUGCCUCCCACUCAACCAAAGCUCACCCACCUCUAAGGACAGGGGCACUCUCCCCAUUCCAGUAGGCUCCCCUGAAGACCCCAGUGACCCACCUCAGCCCUAUCGCCUGGUCGAUGACUAUACUCCAGCCCCUGCAGCCUUCCAGGGCCUCAGCCUAUCUAGCCACAUGUCCUUGCUACACUCUCGAAAUUCUUGUAAGACACUUAAGUGUCCCAAGUGCAACUGGCACUACAAGUACCAGCAGACUCUAGAUGUGCACAUGCGGGAGAAGCACCCUGAGAGCAACAGUCACUGCAGCUAUUGUAGUGCGGGGGGGGCUCACCCCCGACUUGCUCGUGGAGAAAGCUACAACUGUGGCUACAAGCCCUACCGCUGUGAUGUCUGCAACUACUCCACCACCACCAAAGGCAACCUCAGCAUCCACAUGCAGUCCGACAAGCACCUGGCCAACCUGCAGGGCUUCCAGGCAGGACCUGGAGGACAGGGAAGUUCUCCAGAGUCAUCACUCCCACCCCCAUCUGUGGGAGAUAAAGAGCCCAAGACCAAAUCAUCCUGGCAGUGCAAGGUUUGCAGCUAUGAGACCAACAUCUCCCGUAACCUACGCAUCCACAUGACUUCUGAGAAGCACAUGCAGAAUGUCCUGAUGUUGCACCAGGGACUGCCACUGGGCCUGCCACCUGGGCUGGUGGGGCCAGGAGCUCCUCCCCCACCGGGGGCUACCCCCACUAAUUCUCCUGAACUCUUCCAGUACUUUGGGCCUCAGGCCCUAGGACAGCCUCAGACUCCCAUGCCUGGGCCUGGGCUGAGGCCAGACAAGCCCCUGGAGGCCCAGCUGCUUCUCAAUGGUUUUCACCUUGGAGCACCUACCCGAAAGUUCCCCACAGCUGCCUCUGGCAGCCUCUCCCCUGAGACCCACCUGCCUCCAAGUCAGCUCCUGGGCUCCUCAUCUGAUGGCCUGCCCACCUCACCACCCCCAGAUGACAGUCCACCCCUGAAGGUGUUCCGAUGCCUGGUAUGCCAGGCCUUCAGCACAGACAGCCUGGAGCUGCUGCUUUACCACUGCAGCAUAGGCCGGAGCCUCCCAGAAGCUGAAUGGAAGGAAGUAGCUGGGGACACCCACCGCUGCAAGCUCUGCUGCUAUGGUACCCAGCUCAAGGCCAACUUCCAGCUCCACCUCAAGACUGACAAACAUGCUCAGAAGUACCAGCUGGCAGCCCACCUGAGGGAGGGGAGUGGGGCCAUGGGCACCCUUUCCCCACUGUCCCUGGGGGACGGGGCCCCUUACGGUUCUGUCUCCCCGCUUCACCUGCGCUGCAACAUCUGUGACUUUGAGUCCAACAGCAAGGAGAAGAUGCAGCUGCAUGCCCGGGGUUCAGCCCAUGAAGAAAACAGCCAGAUCUAUAAGUUUCUGCUGGAAAUGGAGGGAGCAGAGGCAGGGCCAGAGCUGGGGCUUUACCGCUGCCUGUUGUGUGCCUGGGAGACACCCUCCCGCUUAACUGUGCUGCAACACCUACGCACACCUGCCCACCGUGAUGCCCAGGCCCAGAGGCGGCUGCAGCUCCUGCAGAAAGGCCCAACAGCUGAAGAAGGACUCUCAGCUCUUCAGAGCAUCCUGAGCUUCAGCCAUGGGCGGCUCCAGAUUCCUGGGAAGGCUCCUGACACUACUUUAGCUGAGCCACCCACCCCUGAGAAAGAUGCCCUGAACAAGACAGAACAAUUGGCUUCUGAAGAGGCGGAGAACAGACCUGCCCUUCCCCGAGACAAUGCCAACCAGACCACGGUAUACUGCUGUCCAUAUUGCAGCUUCCUGAGCCCGGAGUCUGACCAGGUGAGGGCUCAUACACUCUCACAGCAUGCCGUGCAGCCCAAAUACAGGUGUCCAUUGUGCCAGGAGCAGCUGGUGGGUCGGCCUGCCCUGCACUUCCACCUCAGCCACCUUCACAAUGUGGUGCCAGAAUGUGUUGAGAAACUGCUGCUUGUGGCCACAACUGUAGAGAUGACCUUUGCAACCAAAGUGCUGCCUGGACCCACACUAAACCCUCUGGAGGAUGGCCCAGAACACCCCACUCCUGGGCCAGAGCCCACUCCCAAGAGAGACCAGGCAGCAGAUGGCUCUAACCUGGCCCCAGAAGCCAGCCCAGAUCCUCCUCCUGAGCCUCCCCUGGCAUCAGUUGAGAGUCCAGAGAAGCCUUCAGGAAGCCCCCCUGAUCAGCCCUCUUCUCCAGCUCCAUCUCCAGUCCUUCGGCCAGAUGCCCAAGUUGAAGAAGUAGCUCCUCUGCCAAUCAUGGCUGAAGAGGAAGAGGGGACCAUGGGGGAGCCUCGCUCUGCAGAACCAUCCCCAGCUGACUCUCGCCACCCUCUGACCUAUCGCAAGACCACCAACUUUGCCCUGGACAAGUUUCUUGACCCUGCCAGGCCCUAUAAGUGUACUGUGUGUAAGGAAUCAUUCACCCAGAAGAAUAUCCUCUUGGUUCAUUAUAAUUCUGUCUCCCACCUUCAUAAGAUGAAGAAGGCUGCCAUUGACCCAUCUUGCCCCACCCGAGGAGAGGCUGGUGUCCCACCCACCACAACUACUGCCUCAGACAAGCCAUUCAAGUGCACGGUCUGCCGAGUAUCCUACAACCAGAGCUCCACCUUGGAGAUUCAUAUGAGAUCAGUUCUCCAUCAGACUCGCUCAAGGGGGACCAGAACUGAUGCUAGGGCUGAUGGACCAGAGCGCAGCCAAGAAGAGCUCAAGGAAAGCGAGACUGAGGGGGAGGUGGGCACUGAGAAGAAAGGCCCUGACCCUAGUGGCUUCGUGUCUGGACUGCCCUUCCUGUCCCCACCACCCCCUCCCUUGGAUCUGCACCGAUUCCCAGCCCCUCUCUUCACCCCACCAGUCCUACCCCCCUUCCCUCUGGUGCCAGAGUCACUGCUUAAGCUCCAGCAGCAGCAGCUGCUCCUGCCCUUCUAUCUCCAUGACCUCAAGGUAGGGCCCAAGCUGGCAUUGGCUGGCCCUGCGCCCAUGCUGUCUCUGCCAGCUGCUACCCCUCCUCCUCUUCCUCCUCCUCCACCCCCACCCCCCAAGACUGAGCUAGCUGAACAAGAAUGGGAGCGGCCCCCAAUAGCUGAAGAGGGGACUGAAGCAGGGCCCUCUUCACCACUCCACACACCGCCCAAUGAAGUCGCUCGCACUGCAGCCAAAGCCCUUCUAGAAAAUUUUGGCUUCGAGCUGGUAAUUCAGUACAAUGAAGGGAAGCAGACAGUGCCCCCUCCCCCAACACCACCUCCCCCAGAGGUUCUUGGGGGUGGAGACAAGCUGGCCUGUGGGGCCUGUGGGAAACUCUUCUCCAAUAUGCUUAUUCUCAAGACCCACGAGGAGCAUGUUCACCGCCGCUUUCUGCCCUUUGAGGCUCUGAACCGCUAUGCUGCUCAGUUUCGAAAGAGCUAUGAUAGCCUGUAUCCACAGUCAGUGGAACCCCCCAAACCUCCAGAUGGGUCCCUAGAGUCCCCUCCCCAACUGGGCCCACCUUUACUGGUCACUGAGCCUGAAGUAGGGGGAACCCAUGUUCCUGAGGAGCAGAGCCGAGCAGGAGGACACUGGCCCCCAGAGGAAGAAGAAAGUUCUAGAGGGAAUCUCCCCCCCCUAGUGCCUGCAGGCCGCCGGUUCUCCAGAACAAAAUUCACAGCAUUCCAGACCCAGGCCCUACAGUCUUUCUUUGAGACCAGUGCCUACCCCAAGGACGGAGAGGUGGAGCGCAUGGCAAAACUCUUGGGUCUGGCCAGCCGUGUGGUAGUAGUGUGGUUCCAAAAUGCCCGCCAGAAAGCCCGAAAAAAUGCCUGUGAGGGUGGGCCUAUGCCCACUGGAGGAAGCACCGGGGGAGCCUCUAGCUGUAGGCGCUGCCACGCCACUUUCUCCUGUGUUUUUGAGCUAGUGCGGCACCUCAAGAAGUGCUAUGAUGACCAGCCCCCUGAGGAGGAGGAGGAGGAGGAGGAGGAGGUGGUGGUGGAGAGAGGGGAGGAUGAGGAAGAGGUGGAAGAGGAGGAAGCAGAUGAAGAACAGAGCCUGGAACCCCCACCGGGGCCUGAGGACCCAUCACCAGAGGGCCCAUCAGCAGGACAACAUCCAGAUGCAGAGGACCUGAGCCAGGCAGAGCCAACAAAGCUAGAAGGCAAAGAGUCUGAAGGGAAGGCUCUUCCCCCUCCUCUAGCCCACACCUGUGACCAGUGUGCUGCUGCUUUCCCCAGUCAAGACCUCCUGACUAGUCACCGCCAACUACAUUUCCUACCAUCUGUGCAGCCCAGUGCUCCCCCACAACUCCUUGAUCUGCCUCUGCUAGUGUUUGGGGAGCGCAACCCUCUGGUAGCAGGCACUCCUUCGGUGCCAGGGCCACCCCUCAAGCGGAAGCAUGAUGAUGGCAGCCUGUCUCCCACAGGCAGCGAAGCAGGGGGUGGAGGGGAGGGUGACCCCCCAAGGGACAAGCGCCUGCGUACUACCAUCCUACCGGAGCAGCUGGAGAUCCUGUACCGUUGGUACAUGCAGGACUCCAACCCCACACGUAAGAUGCUUGACUGCAUCUCUGAGGAAGUGGGGCUCAAAAAGCGAGUAGUACAAGUCUGGUUCCAGAAUACCAGAGCCCGGGAGAGGAAAGGCCAGUUUCGAAGCACCCCUGGGGGAGUGGCCAGCCCAGCAGUCAAACCCACUGUUACACCGACCCCAGCACCCUUCCCUAAAUUCAACCUCCUGUUGAGCAAGAUAGAUGAUGGGACUGGGAGGGAAGCCCCAAAGAGGGAAGCACCUGCUUUUUCCUACCCCAGAGUCACUCCUGCUGCUGGGCCUCUAUCUUUCCUACCAUCUGGGAAAGAGGCCACUGUAGCAGCCCCAGAGCCACCUCUACCCCUUCCACCUCCUCCACUCAGUGAGGAUGAGGGCCCAGAGGAACCAUCUAAAGCUUCUCCAGAAAGUGAGGCUUGCAGUCCAUCUGCAGGAGACCUAAGUGAUUCAUCUGCUUCCAGCCUGGCUGAACCAGAGUCCCCUGGAGCUGGGGGAUCCAGUGGGGGACCAGGAGGUGGGGCUGGGGUUCCAGAUGGAAUGGGGCAGCGGCGCUAUAGGACCCAGAUGAGCAGCCUUCAACUGAAGAUCAUGAAAGCCUGCUAUGAAGCCUACCGCACCCCCACCAUGCAGGAGUGUGAGGUGCUAGGGGAGGAAAUUGGGCUGCCCAAGAGAGUCAUUCAGGUCUGGUUCCAGAAUGCUCGUGCCAAGGAAAAGAAAGCCAAACUGCAGGGGACAGCACUUGUAGGGAGUGGGGGCAACAACAGUGAGGGCACCUUGGCAGCCCAGCGCACUGACUGUCCUUACUGUGAUGUCAAGUAUGAUUUCUACAUCUCCUGCCGAAGCCACCUCUUUUCCCGCCAGCACCUGGCCAAGCUUAAGGAGGCAGUCCGAGCCCAGCUGAAGAGUGAAAGCAAAUGCUACGACUUAGCUCCAGCACCUGAGGCCCUACCGGCUCCUAAAGGCCCAUCUGCUACCACACCUGCCUCUGUGCCCUUGGGGGCUGCCCCCACCCUGCCUCGCCUGGCUCCGGUACUCUUGACUGGCCCAACUCUGGCCCAGCCACCACCUGGCAGCUUAGCUCCUUUCAAUUCAGGCCCUGCAGCCUCCUCAGGCCUCCUUGGCCUUGCCGCUUCGGUCCUGCCUGCUACCACAGUGGUCCAGACUGCUGGUCCAGGCGGCCCCUUACCUCAGAGACCCGUGUCCGACCAAACCAACAAUUCCACUGACCCUAUCCCGGGCCCAGCUACAGAGCCCCCAGGGGACAAGGUCUCUGGUGAGCGAAAGUCAGUUGCAACCCCUACCAACUCCUCCACUGAUGCCCUCAAGAACCUCAAAGCAUUGAAGGCUACUGUCCCAGCCCUGUUGGGAGGCCAAUUCCUGCCCUUCCCAUUGCCCCCUGCAGGGGGGGCAACACAACCACCUGUCUUUGGCCCCCAAUUACAGGGGGCCUACUUCCAACAGCUCUACGGCAUGAAGAAGGGGCUAUUUCCCAUGAACCCCGUGAUACCUCAGACCCUCAUUGGGCUGCUCCCCAAUGCCCUCCUCCAGCCACCACCUCAGCCCCCUGAGCCCACAGCCACAGCACCUCCAAAGCCUCCUGAGUUGCCCGCUCCUGGAGAAGCGGAAAGUGGUGAGGCCGAUGAGCUGCUAACAGGCAGCACUGGCAUCUCCACGGUGGAUGUGACUCACCGCUACUUGUGCCGUCAGUGCAAGAUGGCAUUUGAUGGUGAGGCCCCAGCUACUGCCCACCAGAGAUCCUUCUGCUUCUUUGGGCGGGGUUCUGGGGGCUCCAUGCCCCCCCCACUGCGGGUGCCCAUCUGCACCUACCACUGCCUGGCAUGUGAGGUGCUGCUGAGUGGGCGUGAAGCCCUAGCCUCCCACAUGCGCUCCUCAGCCCACAGGCGCAAAGCGGCCCCACCUCUAGGAGGCCCACCCAUCACCAACACUGCCACUGCUGUCCCGGCCGCUGUGGCUUUUGCCAAAGAGGAAGCAAGAUUACCUCACACGGACCCCAACCCAAAAACUACUACUACCUCUACACUUCUAGCUUUAUAAACAGAUAAACCAAGAUGGGGAUAAGAGAGAGGCCUAGGGUUCCCUCAUACCCAAGGGGUAUUUGGUAGGAACUCAAAUCCCUCACCCCAACCUUCAGUUCUGCCCACCUCAUGGGAGUCUCAAUUCCCACCCUCAGUGGGCUUCACACACCCCACCUCCAGCAGAGUCCUGCCUCCUCCCCAUCCCACAGACACUCUGGUUCUCAUCCUGACUCCUUACAGAUGUAGCCCUUGCCCCUAUGUCUUCAUAGACAGACACACUCCCCCACCUCGGCAUCCCAACUACUCAUACAUGUCUGCUUACCAUACAUAAAGUCUGCCCUUCAUCCCCUCCUUUUUCCCCACUGAAUUCCCAGCCCUCUUCCCCUGAAAACGCAUACCUAUCUCAUGCUAUUAUACUGACUGAGAAAACACCAAAAAAAAAAAAAAAAAAAAAAAAGGAAAAAAAAAAAAAAAAAAAAAAAAAAA